CUGUCGCCGCCGCCGCCACCACCGCCGCCGCUAUGGCCACGCCGCUGCCCGGCCGCGCGGGCGGGCCCGCCACGCCGCUGUCGCCCACGCGCCUGUCGCGGCUGCAGGAGAAGGAGGAGCUGCGCGAGCUCAAUGACCGCCUGGCGCACUACAUCGACCGUGUCCGCGCGCUCGAGCUCGAGAACGACCGGCUCCUGCUCAAGAUCUCCGAGAGGGAGGAGGUGACCACGCGCGAGGUGAGCGGCAUCAAGACGCUGUACGAGGCGGAGCUGGCUGACGCCCGCAGGGUGUUGGACGAGACGGCGCGGGAGCGGGCGCGGCUGCAGAUCGAGCUGGGGAAGCUGAAGGCAGAGCUCGAGGAGGCCAACAAGAGCUCCAAGAAGAGGGAGGGUGAGCUCACGGUGGCCCAGGGCCGCGUGAAGGAUCUGGAGUCCCUGUUCCACCGGAGUGAGGCAGAGCUGGCCGCCGCCCUCAGCGACAAGCGUGGCCUGGAGAGCGACGUGGCCGAGCUGCGGGCCCAGCUGGCGAAGGCGGAGGAUGGUCACGCGGUGGCCAAAAAGCAGCUGGAGAAGGAGACGCUGAUGCGCGUGGACCUGGAGAACCGCUGCCAGAGCCUGCAGGAGGAGCUCGACUUCCGGAAGAACGUCUUCGAGGAGGAGGUGCGGGAGACGCGGCGGCGGCACGAGCGUCGCCUGGUGGAGGUGGACAGCAGCCGGCAGCAGGAGUAUGACUUCAAGAUGGCCCAGGCUCUGGAGGAGUUGCGCAGCCAGCACGACGAGCAAGUGCGGCUGUACAAGCUGGAGCUGGAGCAGACCUACCAGGCCAAGCUGGACAGCGCCAAGCUGAGCUCCGACCAGAACGAUAAGGCCGCCAGCGCCGCCCGGGAGGAGCUGAAGGAAGCCCGCAUGCGCCUCGAGUCCCUCAGCUACCAGCUCUCUGGCCUCCAGAAGCAGGCCAGUGCCGCAGAGGACCGGAUUCGCGAGCUGGAGGAGACCAUGGCUGGGGAGCGGGACAAGUUCCGCAAGAUGCUGGACGCCAAGGAGCAGGAGAUGACCGAGAUGCGGGACGUGAUGCAGCAGCAGCUGGCCGAGUACCAGGAGCUGCUCGACGUCAAGCUGGCCCUGGACAUGGAGAUCAGCGCCUACCGCAAGCUCCUGGAGGGCGAGGAGGAGAGGUGGGAGUGGUCUCGGGAGAGGAGGGCAAGGGGGCGGGGCCGGGGAGGGUGGGGCUACACCGGGCGCUCGGGCCGCAGCAAGCGCAAGCGGCUGGCGGUGGAGGAGUCGCCGGGCCCGGGCUCCAGCGGCAUCGGCUCCGGCGGCAGCAGCAGCAGCAGCACGAGCUUCCACCUGGCGCAGCAGGCGUCGGCCUCGGGCGGCGUCAGCAUCGAAGAGAUCGACCUGGAGGGCAGGUUUGUGCAGCUGAAGAACAGCUCGGACAAGGACCAGUCUCUGGGGAACUGGAGGAUCAAGAGGCAGGUGUUGGAAGGGGAGGAGAUCGCCUACAAGUUCACGCCCAAGUACGUGCUGCGGGCCGGCCAGACCGUCACGGUGUGGGCAGCUGGUGCGGGAGUGGUCCACAGCCCCCCCUCGACACUCGUGUGGAAAAGCCAGAACAGCUGGGGCACGGGCGAGAGCUUCCGGACCGUCCUGCUCAAUGCUGACGGGGAGGAGGUGGCCACGAGAGCCGUGAGGCGGUCGGUGGUGCGGGAGGCGGAGAGCGGGGACAACGCAGAAGAGGAGCCGGCGGAAUUUGGCGAGGAGGAUCUUUUCCAUCAACAGGGGGACCCGAGGACCACCUCGAGAGGCUGCCGCGUGAUGUGAACGGAACGCGCCUCAUCACCUGUCUUUACCCAGAGCCACUGAAAACUAUUUUUAUAUCAUUGGCUGUCUUUAGUCCUUGAUACAUUUCUAGAGAAUUUUUAAGCAUACUGCCAGAACGUGGGGGCGGUCUCUGAGAUCUUUCCUGUUGGUGGGCUUCCUCGGACCCUUCCUUCAUUGCCACUGGCCAGACUUUUUUUUUUUUUUUUUUUUUUUGGUGCCCCAUUUCACCAUUUGGUUGAAUUCAAGGUCUAGGAACCUACUGGCUGAUGGGCUGGGCGUGGAGGCUGGAAGGCCGGGCCGGGCUCUGCCUCCACCGCAGACUGGGGCCAAGGCUCGCCUCCGGGAGCCGCCCUGUGGGCCUUGAGUGGAUGGAGAGCAGGACUGCCUAGAACCUCAGUCAUUUUAUGAAGCUCCCUAAAAACCAAAUCCAGAAUCCAGGUUCCAAUCUGGGGUGGGGGGUGGGCACAUCCCUGCGGAAUUUUGGUGGCCCAGGCACAGGUGUUGGGGGCCAGGGUGCAGGUUUUGGCUGCCCAGCCUGGGCUCCAAGGUUCUGGUAAGUCCUUUCUGUGGUGAUGGUGUGUGGCUGCAGGCCACGUUUCCGUGCACAUAUUGGGGUGCUCUGCAGUGGGCCCCCUUUUCCUUUCCUGGCUGUCUGGCCCUUGAGUUUCUGGAGCUUUCUAUAGUCGAGUUCCUAAGCUUGCAGGACCAAUGGGGCAGGAGAGAGAGAUGGAAACCCAGGGAGCGAGGACAGCUUUGUUCGGAGACUUGUCACCAGGUAAACAAACGGCCAGGGGACAGGUGGAAGGGGAAGUGGACCACCUCGGAAGCAAGUGCCCAGGUUUCAGAGCCGCUGUCCCCGGGGAACAGCUACUUCCUGCCCUCCCUCCGUGAGAAGAGCGACUUCAGCGCGAGCCACUGGACCGCCCACACCCCGUUUUCCCACUCUGUGCCUUGUGCAUGGGGCUGAGUCCCGACCCCACUGUCUCCUGUAUGUUCUUGUGCGUGCCACUGUCCUAGCUCUUUCUCAGACAGACGCCGGCGCCGGCUGAUUCCACAGGGUGGCUCCACGCGCCCUAGUCCAGCGCUUGGCCGCCGGCCGCCCUCUGCAUCGCUUACCCUUUGUACCCCCUCCCGCACAGAUACACAGAAGUUAUUUUUUUAAUGGAUAUUUAUUUUUUUACAUUGGUCGUACUCAGAUUGCCGGAUCCCACUUCGGGCCUCAUGCCAGCCUCACUGGGACAGCCCCCCAAGGAGCUGGAGUUGAGGGGGGCUAUCUCGGUGAUCUCUGAGGCCCCAGACGGCAAAUACCUUCAGGAAGUGCAGCUCAAGUCUUAAAGACGUCACACUGAGCCAUGAGGCACGCUGCCCCCAGAAGGCAGCCCGUUUACACAGCAGCCCGAGUGCCGACCCUUCACAGCUUGCCCUAGGCCGGGAGCAGCGCACCUGCCCCCCACCCUGGGCUGUCCCCCGUCUCACUUUCCUUGGAAACUGCUUGUGGCGGGAGGGUCGGAGGCUUCUGCUGCAUCGAGAAUUUGCCCGCAGCCCCUUGCUUUAGGUCUAGUUAUUUCCAUGGCCACCUGAGUCCCCCGGCCAUGAGCUCGGUUCUCCUUGUGGACGGAAAGGUCUCACCGCUGUUCCCCGCGUUUCUGGUGGGCCCUGGGGAGCUCGCCCCGCCUGGCGAUGCGCCAGCCCUGCCCCGCGCACGACCUUUCCCAGGAGGGCCGCCGGCUGUGCAUCCCCCGCGCCCACGUCUCGGGAAUCAGGCGCACGGUACGGGCCUCGAGUGCAGAGGCUGAGGCAUCGGGAGGGUGGGCUGGGGUCCUCCGGACAGUGUGCCCUGGCCUAGACCACAUCCUGCUGUGUGUCCUGGGAGUCUGGGUGGACGGGGCUCAUGGCCCCCCUUGUGCCCGGCAGGGCCCCCAGAUGCAUGGGUAGGGCUUGCUCCUGGCGGCUGUGCUCUCCAAGCCGGUGGCCCUGGCCUGGGGGAGGAUGGGGCGCUGGGGCCGCAGGUGGGUGAGGGGUGUUGGUAAGGAAGUGUUGGGAGAUCCGGAGUAGAACGCCAUGUUACAGCGUCAACGUCGGCCUGGGAAACAGCUCGUAGUUGUCACACAUUCUGAGCUUUAAGCCGCUUUAAAGGACGCAGAGACGGUUCCCCUCCCGGGCUAGUGGCGGCCCGGCGGCCCUCGGGGUGCGGUCUGGCCCCCGCGGCCCCAGGGCGCGCCCCCGCCGGAGCACCAGCACACCCUGCCGCCGGGCCGGGCUGCAAGGCAGGGAGCUGGGGGCGGCGUCCACGAACUUGCAUGCCAAACGUGUGGUCUUUUUUUCUCCAAUGAUUUGUAAUAUGCAUUUUAUGACUGGAAACUUUUUGUACAACACUCCAAUAAACAUUUUGGUUUUAAA